UGAAACACAACACACGACGACGUUGUAUUAGGUAAAUCUAAACACCAUUAAGUUCCGACACAAAACUGACUUCACAUCGGUUCCAUCCUCUCUGUUCUGUCUCGUCGCCAUGGAAGAUCUCUCUCUCGAAAAAAUCGAGAUUCAAGGUCCAACACUAGCUUCCCUCAUCCAACGAGCAUCCUCCUCUCCCUGCGACGUCGACGGCUUACUCUUCGGCCAAAUCCACCGCAUCGUCUCCACAACCUUAUCCGACGACUCUCCGGCCACAAGCUCCUCCUCAACUGAUCAAAUCGUCGCAACCGUCACAAGCUUCAUCUCCUCAGGCAAAACCGUCUCCUUCUACGACCCCCUCGGCCGAGUCGACUCGCUCCGAGUUGACUCACUCCGAGUCAACUCGCCAGACCACCUCCUCGGCUGGUUCUCCGCCAGGAGAACCAGCCCUAACCGUCCCUCCAUGCGAGAGCUCACCGUCUCGUCCUCUCUCUCGUCUCGAUUUCAAUUACCGAUCGAAAACUCGGUAAACCCUAACUCAGCGUCUUCCUCUGUUUUCAUCCUUCUGACAACACCGUUGACGGAUCAGUUAAUCCACACGCACGAGUACCGUGCCUACCAGUUCAAACCAUUGAACCGACGGUUAGAACCGAGGUCUCUCGGGAUAGUUAACAUCGGACCGGCGUUUCGUGGGCAUUACGGUUCGUUUAAUCCGAAAUCGGGGUUUCCUGAGUUGUUAUGUGAGGUUAGUAGUGGUAGCUCGGCGAUGAAUGAGGAUAGGGAUGAUGAAGGUUCGUCUUUGAGUGGGAAGAAGCAAGCGGUGAAGGAUCAGAAGGAAGUUGAUGCGUUAGCUGAUGGGUUUCAAGUUGGGAGCUUGAAGCGUUUGGUGGGAGUUGAAGCUGCGAGUUUUACGGGUGGGAUUGAGGAGAUGUAUGAGAGGAUGUUGGCGAAAGUUGAGAGCUUGGCUUCUGAGGUUGAGAAGAGUUCUGCUAAAGUGCUUGAACUGGAUAAUCAUAAUCGGAAGUUGAGAUACCGAGUUGCUAGAAUCGAGCGGUGAAGUUUUUUUCUUGGGUUCUUGUUUUUCUUUGGCGCAAGAUCUUUUUUGAAGAGCCAGAAUUGUCAAAAAGUAUGGAACUGUCCUUUAAAGGACAUGAUUUGUAUCAUUUUAUGAGGCGUAAUCAAGAACAUGGAAGAUGAUGGCUUGAGCUUAACUUUCUCAAGUUCUCUGCUGUGCCGUCCUUGUUCACAGGGUAUGUAUUUUGGUGUAUCUAUAAAGUUUUUGUUGCUUUUUUCCUAUUCAGAGAGUUUCUUUGAUGCCUUUUACAACUCUUCAAUUACUUCUGCACUGGAAAUGAAAUGGCUUUGUGCUUAUAAU